CGCGGGCAGUUGAUAAGUGCAGUGAGUCCGUGCGCGCUCAACGCACCUUCGAACGAUCGCGAGAUCGCGAAUCGGCGACGAAUCGCUUUUGUUCCGUGAUCCGAUUGCUUAAUCGUGUGGCCAGAUUUUAGGUGUGUUAUUCUCUGGUCCAAGAACCUCUUUGGAGGACUCCCGGUACCAAUCCGCGUUGGUACGCGUUGGUGCUGCUAUAGGUUGCCUGCAUGUUACGAACUGAUCUACACCCAACGUGGCGCGACAGAUAAACCUCUCCCCCGCUCGCAUAACGACAACCAAACAAAAGGUGGAGGUUGAAACAAAACAAACGCGCAUCAUCAUCACGCCGCCGACGACGUCAACGACGACGACGCUGUCGAACGGCCGACCAUCAUCAUCAUCAUCAUCAUUAAAAGCGCGGGUCGCGAUCAGCGCCGGGCUCUCGCUCAUCGCUCAUCGCGAGCCCGCGCGGACACCCCUUUAGCGGGUGUAGUGAGUGUGCAUUCGAAGAAGGUUUGGAAUUUUUGGUGUGAGUGUAUGUGAACCGCGCGUGUAACCGAUCCCGUGUGUACGAUCUGAGCGUUGGUUGUGAUCUCGAAGAUAUUGUGAUAGGUGAUCCUUGUGUGCGCGCGCCUCGAAGGAUGGCAUUCAGCUGCACGCUCUGUGGUCUGGGACCACGGAUGACGGUCUUUGUCAUCGGUACCAUCACGCUGGUCUUCUCGGUGCUAAUGGCGGGCUUAGCGACGACGGCAAUACUGGCACACAACUGCGAGAUCGAUAUGACGGACUCGAAGGAAGCGUACGGACUCUAUCUGUACUAUUUCCGGUCCGAGGACUGUAAACCCGUAGAUCUCGGCAUUCUGGGCAUUACAAUACCACCGAAUGUUCCCGUGCACCUUCCGGAGACGUCGGAUGCAGUCGAGCGGACCUACAUCUUUGCGCUCGUAUCCGUAGCUCUGCACGGUGCCCUGGCCAUUACGACGGUGCUGCUAUUUGGUACUAUGUGCAUUUCCUGCAUGGGACGAGGCUGCGUAGUGUUCUGCUUCUAUCCCUGGAUAUUGACGAUGUUCCUAGUGCUCGCACUCGAUGUGACCGGUUUCGUGACGUAUCUGAUCGACUUCAUCAACGUUAUGGACACCGAAGGAGUGCUCGAUCUGUUGGAGAUCGAGAAUCGCCAGCCGGAGGUUUUCCAAGUACUAGAACAGCUGGAUAGUUUCUACUACGUCGCUCCUGCCCUGUUCAUGUGGCUCGCCUUCAGCAAGGUGGUCGUGUUUUGGUUCAUGUUUAUCGUCUUCCAGAUGGUUAUCAUUAGCCUGUCGAUGCGCAUGUGGAAGGAGAACAAACCGGCACCCCCGUACAACCGAACUCAGGCGAUGCAACCACGCCAGGUGGUGCACCCGACCAGUCCGGCCCAGGAGCUGGAAGAUAGCCAUCCCGAACCUACACGCUACAUGGAUCAAGCACCACAGUUGCAACAGCAGCAACAGCAGCAGCCGCAGUUCCAACCACAUCAGCAUCAGUUCGCUUCGUUCCAGCAGCCUCCACAAGUGCAAUCGCAUCAACCCAUUUAUCCGGUUCUUCCGGCACCGAAUCAGCUGCAGCUUCAUCAGCAUCAUCUCGAGCAGCAAAGUGAACCGCGCUCGGAACCGCGGCACGACGACGAUAGCCCACCGUACGAAGGAAAUGCGGCCAGCGGACUGCAGGCCAGACCAACGGUUGAUCCCUACACCGACAAGCGGUUCUCGUAUCUACCCGGACAACCGGCACCGUUCUCGUACCUUGCUGGACCACCACCGGGCACCAGUCCGCGCAGUUCGGUAACGGCACCACCACCCGAGGUUCGCAAUCAACUACCGUGGUCCUACUUCCCGGCACCGGACGAUAAGAAGCUUGCCGGACGAUCGCGCGUAACAUCGACCUUGACGGAGGCGAAAGAAUUCCCGGGCGGUGAUAAACCACUGCCGACGGUGAAAGUAAGCUCGAUUGCGGAUGAUCGUUCGAGCGUAACGACCGAUGAAGGAAAAUGGAGUGGACCAGAGUACAAGUACUAGUCAAACAAAAUAUCUUAUGCGCUAGCGGCCACCGACGACGAAGGACCGCUCGCAGGCUGUUCUGUACAUAGUACAACGUUCUUCCGUCGUCCUUAAUCCACUCCCUCCAUAUCCACAUUCCCCCCCAAAUGGUAAACGAUGGGGCCCGAAGGAUGACUGAUGUUGUUAGUCAUCGAUAAUGAUUCAGCGUUCCUCCCCGUCGCCCCCGUCUCCCCGCGAUUGCCGUUCAUCCACUAGCCGAAUCUUAUCGAGCAGCAGCGCAUCUUAUCGAUGAAACAAUGGUACCGAUAAUUGUCCGAUAAGUCAGCUUACCAGCAGUCUGUAUGUGUUUGUGUUUGUUCGCUCAUUGUGUUGUUUUCAAACUGUUGCGGCAAUGGCCACCAAACGAAAGGUGAAAUUCAAAGUAUUUUCGUUAAUAUAAAUAUAUUUAUUAAGACUACU